UAUGGAUAAGAGAAAACUACAAAAUAACAUCCACUCUAUUAUAUUAAAUCAGGGCCGCUAUUUAAACACAGAAACAAACCACAGCACUCCAUCGGGAUGGAAGAAUCUCUCUACAAAAACCAGUAACAGUAACCUCCAUUUCUUCUUCCCUUCGAAAUGAAAACCAUCGUCUCCGUCUCCGUCUCCGUCUCCGUCUCCAUCUUUCUCUUUUUUUCUAUCUCCUUCAUCUUUUCUUAAUCGAGACUCUUGGUUUUCCGGAAGCAACAGAAUUUCUUUUUCUUUUUCUCGUGAAAAACAACCCUAAAAUGAGUAGCUUUGAGGAGUCCUUAAGAUCUCUCUCCUUGGACUACCUCAAUCUCCUCAUCAAUGGCCAAGCUUUCUCCGAUGUAACUUUCAGUGUAGAGGGUCGGUUAGUUCAUGCCCACAGGUGUAUUUUAGCAGCAAGGAGCCUUUUCUUUAGGAAAUUCUUUUGCUCACCUGAUCCUCCGUCUGGGUUAGACCCGGUUGGUUCAAGGAUGAACCCAACAGCAGCAGCAGCAGGAUCAAGGCCUGGUGUUAUUCUAGUGAGCUCAGUGGGAUAUGAGGUGUUCUUGCUGCUGUUACAGUUCUUGUAUAGUGGCCAAGUCUCUAUUGUGCCUCAAAAGCACGAGCCGAGGCCUAAUUGUAGUGAAAGAGCGUGUUGGCAUACACAUUGCACCUCUGCCGUUGAUCUUGCUCUUGAUACUCUUUCUGCCGCUAGAUACUUUGGUGUUGAACAGCUUGCAUUGCUUACUCAGAAACAAUUAUCCAGCAUGGUCGAGAAGGCCUCAAUUGAAGAUGUUAUGAAAGUACUAAUAGCUUCAAGAAAGCAAGACAUGCACCAACUUUGGUCUACUUGUUCCCACCUAGUGGCCAAAUCAGGCCUACCACCAGAAGUUCUCGCCAAGCAUCUUCCCAUCGAUGUGGUUGCCAAAAUUGAGGAGAUGCGUCUCAAGUCAUCCCUUGCUCGACGCUCCCUCAUCCCUCAUCAUCAUCAGCAGCAUCACCAUGAUCUUGCUACGGCCGCUGAUCUUGAGGACCAAAAGAUUCGUAGGAUGAGAAGGGCAUUAGACUCAUCGGAUGUUGAACUUGUUAAGCUCAUGGUCAUGGGAGAGGGUCUUAAUCUUGAUGAAGCAUUGGCUUUACACUAUGCUGUCGAGAACUGCAGCCGGGAAGUGGUUAAGACGUUGUUAGAGCUUGGGGCAGCCGAUGUUAACUACCCGGCCGGCCCUGCAGGUAAAACCCCACUUCAUAUUGCGGCGGAAAUGGUAUCACCAGAUAUGGUUGCAGUGCUUCUAGAUCACCACGCGGACCCUAAUGUAAGAACCGUUGAUGGGGUGACUCCUUUGGACAUUCUUCGAACACUAACCUCUGAUUUCUUGUUCAAAGGUGCGGUGCCGGGGCUUACUCACAUUGAACCGAAUAAGCUUAGGCUAUGUCUUGAGCUUGUUCAAUCCGCAGCUUUGGUUAUCUCGCGUGAAGAAGGAAACGCAAACCCACCAACUUCAACUGCGAUUUACCCACCAAUGAGUGAUGAACAUAACAGCAGUAGCAGUGGAAGCAAUCUUGCUAACCUUAAUCUGGAUUCAAGGUUGGUUUAUCUCAAUCUAGGUGCUACAGGUUCAACUCAAAUGGGUUCGAGAAUGGAGGGUGAUGAUGAUAGCAGCCACAACAGCCACAGAGAAGCCAUGAACCGACAUGACCCAACAAUGUACCAUCACUCUCAUGAUUUCUAGCUCCAAAAAACUUCUCUCUCUCUCUCUCUCUCUCUAUUUAUAUAUAACAAUGGAUGUUGAAAGACAGGCAGAAUAGUAGUUCAUGAAAACUCAUUCAUGAGAGAUUAUUGGAUUAUAUAUAUUUUCUUUUGUCAGUGCUUUGCUUCCAAUCACUAGCUUUUUCCCUUUGCUGUGAAGGGUGCUUUUCUCUUUCUCUUUUUCUAUUGUUUUUUUUUUUUUUGUAGGCUUUCAAUGACCUUGAUAUGAAGUGAAGAGUUUCAUUGGAGAUGGGAUAUUUCAUUAUUUUUCUCUCUCUCAUGGGAUGAGACAAGGAGAAUCUGAGAUUUGCCCUCGGGUGAGGGCGUGAUGGAGGAGAAAUGCAGGUCAAUAUAUCUUUUCAAACCCGGCCUGUCAACUCCUUUGUAUUUAUUGACCGUCUCUAAGUAUGAUGGCCUAUUUAUUGUGACCUUUUAUUUCUCUUGUCCCACCACACCCACUUUUCCAUUAUAUAGCAUGUACCGCUACUAAUAUAUACUAUUAUAUACACAUAUAAAUGAUAAGAAUGUUCAACAUGUUAUGAGGAACUAAUACAUAAUACCUAGUUAUGAGGAAAAA